AUGUCCGAGGAUUCUAGUGGCUCCUCAGAAGACCGCGUACGCAAGUUCCAGAAGACGGGCGACCAGGGCAGCCGCCUGCGCAAGACAAGCGCAUCCAAUGCUAUAAGCGCAGCACGACCGCUACCGACCAUCAACAACAACGCCGCAGGACGAGGCAGGGCCAAGGUGCCCUUGGGCCCCCGCGAGCGGCCCCAGGACUUCAACAAGCAGAGCAGAAUGGCAAGCGGCGCCAGCGUUGCCUCUCUUGAGACACGCUCCUUCCUCCCCACGCCCGCCAACGAGACGACGGCCACGCGCGCCGUCCCUUCGAACCCACGCUUCAGCUUCACCAAGCAACCGCAGAUCAGCAGCCCGGCAAAGGGAGAGUCCAACGAGAAUACUGGCUCAUAUGACUUCCUGCCCGCUGUCAACUUCGAUGACUUUGCCAACAGCCUCUCCUAUGAGCCCGCGCUAAGCGACUUUCCUGCCCCGGGCACGUUCAAGACCAACGUGCCUGCCGACGGCAUCGCCCCUAACAAUAACAAUAACAGCAGCAAUAGCAACGACAUGCAGCCGUUUACGGGAGCCCCCACCGAUACCCGCCCUGCGCGUAGCAGCUCUUUCGUUCGCCGCUUCAGCCAGUCCACUGCGAGGAAGCCGAGUGGUGCUUCCACCGCAUCCGGCUCUGACCCGUCUACCAUGCCUCCGCCGCCCACCAACAUGGCCAUCCGAUCACGCCGCCAAAGCCACUUCCCUGCCCAGGCACCCUCGAACCCGGCCGCACGAGCCCCAAGAAAGAGCGUUGGCCCUGGAAUGCUGCCAACGAAUAGCUUUGAAAUGGACAGACUCGCGAAUGACAACACGAUGCCUACGCUCGGCCGCGCCCCUUCACUGAACAAGGGAAACAGGCGGGAGCCACUCUCUACGAACCUGAACACUACAACCACCGGAGUACCCAAGCUUCCAACUGCCGCACGCAAUGCGAAAGCAAAGUCCCUACAGCCGCCCUCGAGACAGCAACCGGGCCACUUGACUGUCUCCAUCAGCCCCGAUCCGAGUUCCAUGCCCUUGGACCAUUCCCGCUCACCUGGCAGAUCUCCCGCUGCGCAACGAUCAUACACACCUUCGUCCUCGUCGAGCAAGCGACAGUCAACCGCACCGCACAUAUCUGGGCUCGGAGCGCGAACUAUUAGCCCCACAGACGCUCGGAGGCUGAGGAGGCUGUCCAUGAACCCUAACCAUCCGCCAAACGGCCCGGUGGGCCCUCCUACACCUCAAGGCGACCAGACAUUCGACGAGCGUGCCUUUAGCCAGUCUCCAGCCUUGGCCGUGGGAGGGAGCAUGACGCCUUCUUCGGCACGUGCGACACCCGAGCAGAAGCGCAAGUCUUAUGCCUCUGGCAUCUCGCUUUCCUCAAACUCGAGCUUGAACUCGCUAAAAGUCGGUCCUUCGUCCAUACCGUUGCGUACAAAUCCUGCUCCGACAAGCUCGCGUUUGCCUGCGCCAAAGCCACGAAACGUGCAAAGCUCAGCUGGUGGAGAACACGAAGAAGUUCCUCCAGUACCGGCUAUACCAAAAGCAUUUGAGUCUCCCAAGGACCCUGAGCGCAGCAGUUUUGCAUUCAAUACACCAAACUCGAAGAUGAACGCGCCUCCAGCAUCUCAAGAGGCUGUCUCGACACCUGAUACACGAGUUGAACCUCGGCCCAUUGAGACCCAGGACGGCGGCGUUUUGAACAGGAGUACAGGGUCCAUCAGACAUCGAAGAGGGUUAACCGUCGGAGCUGGUUCGGAAACUGAGAGGACGCCCACCACGGUACAGCAGUCCAGUAAAAAGAACCUGCAGCCAAUCAGACUACCACCGCUGAACCUGCUACCACUUGGUACACCAUUCAACAACCGGAUAUCAUCUUUCCCUGCGCCUUCCGACGAAGUAGAUGAGCGUAAUGUCACACCGCCACCUAAACGUACUGCCAACAAAACGCCUAGUACGCCCAUGACAGCGUCCAAGGCGAACUUCUUCUCAAGGAACAACCACCAUGAUGAAUACCACAAGCACUUACGUAGCAGCAGUUCAGCAUUCAACUUGCGUGCAGCAGACUCAUCGCUUGAUACACACCCGAAUAUCGGUACGAUACCCAUUCCGACCCUGAAUCCGACACGCCAAGCCACCACACCUUUCUCGUCGAAUUCAUUACCAAAGGGAAGUGGAGAGUUCGCUCGCUUGCAGCCACGACCCAGCGGCGAAUACAAGUCAUCCGCCAAGGAUGUAGAGAUGCAGAGCAUGGUUGCUGGACCGCGGCCAUUACAGAAGAAAAACACAUCGGAUUCGAUCCAGACUUCUGAGUCGACAGAGCCAGAAACGCCUUCUUCUGGUUCAUCCUUGCGCCGAAAGCUUAGCCUUAGCGGUUGGAGAAGAGCUUCGUCAAAAGCUGCGACACAUCAGUCGCAGAAUCCACAGGUCCGAAAACCGGGCACUCAGACGGACGAACAAAGACAGCAGCCUCAACCACCUAAGCACAGCGAGAUGCCGCCACCUCGGUUACCUGCGUCUGCUACUUGGAGCGGCGCUACUGGUACAACUCCUCCUCCCGCUAAAAGUGGAACCCGACCAUCCCUCGACUUUGGACGUCGCAAGACUUCUACAGCAGCUGUCGCAAGUGACACUGAGGCUGAAAAGUCAGGUGCUCGUAAACCCGUGGGAGGCGGUGGAAUACGUGCUGUGUCGGGGCACACAGACCAGGCUACCAGCCAAGUGACACAAAAGUCCACGUCCAUUUUGACACCGAUGCAGCGGAUGCUGGGUACGAAGAGCUCGUCAAACAUGCUCAAAGCUCGCAAUCUCGACCCCAAUUUAGAUCGGGAUGAUCUAUUAGCCGAUGAGGAAAUGAAGAAGCUUGCUUCGAAGCGGAAAGAUUUUGAGCAUGCGGCGAGGGAUGUUGAUGAGCUUCGCAAGCGCGCCACGGCCAAGGAGCGUGUCACUCCAAGUGAUGCUGUACGUAUGGCCAACUUGAACAUAUUCGAGAGGGGAGAGAUCAUCGACUACAAAGAGGUGUACUUCUGUGGAACGAAGAAUGCCAAGAAGCACGUCGGCGACCUCAAUGCGCAGACAGCGAACUUUGGCUACGACGACGAACGUGGUGAUUACAACAUUGUCCUGGGUGACCACCUUGCCUACAGAUACGAAGUCGUUGAUGUGCUCGGAAAGGGUAGUUUCGGGCAGGUCGUGCGCUGCGUAGACCAUAAGACGGGAGGACUCGAAGCGAUCAAGAUCAUUCGUAACAAGAAGAGGUUCCAUCAGCAAGCUCUGGUCGAAGUCAACAUUCUCCAGAAGUUGCGUGAAUGGGAUCCCGACAACAAGCACAGUAUGAUCAAUUUCACCCAGAGCUUCUACUUCCGCGGCCAUCUUUGCAUCUCCACUGAGCUUCUCGGUAUGAACCUGUACGAGUUCAUCAAGGCACACGAAUUCAAGGGCUUCUCUCUCCGUCUGAUCCGCCGGUUCUGCAAACAGAUGUUGGCUUCAUUGACUCUUCUGAAGACCCAGAAGGUCAUUCACUGCGAUCUGAAGCCGGAGAAUAUUCUGCUUGCGCACCCGUUGCACUCGGAAAUCAAGGUCAUCGAUUUUGGAUCAAGUUGCUUCGAGACCGAGAAGGUUUACACGUAUAUCCAGUCGCGAUUCUACCGUUCGCCUGAGGUCAUCCUUGGUAUGAGCUACGGAUUGCCGAUUGACAUGUGGAGUCUGGGUUGUAUUCUUGCCGAACUACUAACUGGCUACCCUAUCUUUCCUGGAGAGAAUGAACAAGAGCAGCUUGCUUGCAUCAUGGAGAUAUUUGGACCCCCGGAGAAGCAUCUUAUCGAGAAGAGUAGCAGGAAGAAAUUGUUCUUUGAUUCGCUUGGUAAGCCCAGAGUUACCGUCUCGUCAAAAGGUCGCAGGCGAAGGCCCAGCUCAAAGACACUACAGCAAGCUUUGAAGUGUGAUGACGAGGCUUUCCUCGACUUCAUCACGCGCUGUCUACGAUGGGAUCCUGAACGCCGAAUGAAGCCCGAUGAAGCCAUGCAGCAUGAGUUCAUCACUGGCGUUCGCAAAACCAGUCAACAACAACGACGACCUUUCAACGGCCCCUCUGGCGUUUCUUCACCUGCAAAGCGAAUGCCGCCUCCACAAUCGGCGCAGCCACGCGUCCGACCUCUUCCAGAGCCUCCAGUAUCUAGUUUCAGUCGUGGGACCGCAGCCAGCGGUCAACGCCAGGUGUCGAGCGGCACCUCCCCUGUAAAGACUUCUGCUCCCACGAGGCGUCAUUCAACAGUGCAAGGACUUGCACCUGGAGCAGCGGGUACUAAGCGUGCCGCAAAUGGAGCCCCACUCAAUGCCACAAGUGGAAGUGGCCUGCCACGCGCAGCGCAGCGAAGUGUGUCAGGCAAGCCAGACCUCGCUUCGGCUGCGGCCAUUGCCAGUCUCCGCGCCAUUGGCUAUCUCCAAAUCGAAUGCCCCUGCGCGCGCCUCAACCUUGCCGACCGCUGCAAGCCCAACUACGGUGGCUGCGUCCAAGGACGGCGAUCCGUCCCUAUAGAACUUCUUGACGUCGCCGGUCUUGUUCCAGGCGCACAUAUGGGAAAAGGUCUCGGGAACAGGUUCUUGGACGACUUGCGACACGCAGAUGCGCUGGUACACGUAGUUGACGUAAGCGGGACAACCGACGCAGAGGGCAAGGCGACAAGAGGCUACGAUCCCAGUCAGGAUAUUGUUUGGCUGAGGAGUGAGAUUGUGAGAUGGAUACAAGGCAACCUCAUGGAGAAGUGGGGCAGCAUCAAGAGGAGGCAUGUCGCGAUCAAGGCUACGGCGGUCGAGACACUACAGAACCAAUUCUCGGGAUACGGGUCAACGUCCAGCGUCGUCGCACGCUGCCUCGAUCGUCUUGCCCUCAAGGAACCACUACAAGACUGGUCUGACGAGACCAUCGAACGAGUGGUAAACGCCUUCACCGACGAGAAAUUUCCUACCGUUAUCGCCCUCAACAAGAUUGAUCAUCCCGAUGCCGACAAGAACAUAGCCAAGAUUGCAAAAACCGCAGACCCGAAGAGUAUAGUGCUUUGCAGUGCCAUAUCCGAAGUUUUCCUAAGGAAGCUGGCAAAACAAGGCUUUAUCAAAUACACAGAAGGCAGUGAGUUCGUCGACACAAGAGAAGACUUGAUCGAGCAGGGCGACCCUGAUGGAGGCGGACUGAAAGAGCUGGACGAAAAGCUCACGACACGUAUUGAGAAUCUCAAAGAUAUGGUUCUUUACCGAUUCGGUAGUACAGGCGUCGUGCAAGUCCUGUCUCGAGCAGCGGAACUCCUUGGUCUAGUUCCAGUCUUCCCAGUUCGGAAUAUACAUACGUAUACUAGCGGAAGUGCGAGCUCAACGGCUGUGUUCAGGGAUUGUGUACUUGUUAAGAAGGGAAGCACGGUGGGCGACGUGUACAGGAAGGUCAUGGGUGAUGCACCCAUGGCAUACGUGGAAACCGAGGGCGGAAGAAGAGUGGCAGAAGACGAUGUUGUUGCUGUAGGAAAGAAUGAUAUUUUGAGCUUCAAGGUUGGAAGAGCAUAA